AUGGAUGCAAGCUGCACGGUGGAUGCAAGGCGAAGCGAUGGGGCAACACCCCUGUUGCUGGCGGCGCAGCAGGGGCACGCAGAGGUCGUUGAAGUGCUGCUCCAAUGCCGAGCAGAGACCGGCAGCGCGAAUCGUCGAGGGGAAACGGCGCUUCUUCUCGCUGCACAGCGUGGGCACAAGGAUGCUGUGAGAGCCUUGCUUGGUGCUGGUGCCGACGACUUGCCACGGCAGGAUGGUGCCACCGCUGUUUCCCUGGCUACCCAGCGCGAUCACCUCCAUGUAGUGCUCCUCCUGCUUGACGCCAGUACGGACAAGGACAAGGCUCUUCGAGACUUCCAGGCUCUCAGUCGGAAUGACUGGUUGGCCGCGCCCGCGCUCCACUUUGGUCGUUGGCACUUCAACGGCUUCGAGAUCAUUGCGAAGCUCUGCGUGGGUGUCUGCCGGAGCAUCGUGCCACUUUGA